CGGACAGUUUGACAGUCACUCACUGAGGGUUGGCAUUGCGUGCGCACAGACACAACUUCUUCGCUGCGCGUCUGGUCGCUCACGCCAGUCCGCCUUCUGUCCUCAUGUUUAGGAUGCUACAAACACCGCAGCUCCGCCAAGGCGUCAUUGCGCUUUUCAUGUGGUUCACUCACUUUAUGGAGGACCACAAAGUCCAGGCCGGUAACUGCUGGUUGCAGCAGGGUAAGAACGGCCGGUGCCAGGUGCUCUACAUGUCCGGGAUGACCAGGGAGGACUGCUGCCGGAGUGGCCGUCUGGGCACGGCCUGGACCGAGGAAGACGUGCCCAACAGCACGCUGUUCCGGUGGAUGAUCUUCAAUGGAGGCGCGCCUAAUUGCAUACCUUGUAAAGAAACAUGUGACAGCGUCGACUGUGGUCCUGGGAAGAGAUGCAAGAUGAACAAGAGGAACAAGCCUAGGUGUGUGUGUGCUCCGGACUGCUCCAACGUCACAGGGCAGGGGUCCGUCUGUGGGUCCGAUGGAAAGUCCUACAGGGACGAGUGCACCAUGCUCAGGGCCCGGUGCAGAAACCAUCCCAACCUGGAGGUCCAGUACCACGGGCGCUGCCGCAAGACAUGUCAUGGAGUCCGCUGUCCCGGUAGCGCGUCGUGUGUCGUGGACCAGACGAAUAACGCCUACUGUGUGACAUGUAAUCACCAGUGUCCAGAGGUGACGUCACCAGACCAGUACCUGUGUGGGAACGAUGGUGUUGUUUACGCCAGCUCCUGCCACCUGAGGAGAGCCACGUGCAUCUUGGGAAGGUCCAUUGGUGUGGCCUACGAAGGGAAAUGCAUUGGCGCCAGGUCAUGCGAGGACAUUGUGUGUCGGGGAGCAAAGCGUUGUCUGUGGGAUGAAGCGAGUGGCCGCGGACGCUGCUCCGUGUGCGAUGAAGCGUGUCCAGAUAGUCGGCAUGCCGAGAGUGUGUGCGCCAGUGACAACAACACCUACCCCAGCGAGUGUUCCAUGAGGCAGGCCGCCUGUGCUCAGCAGCGCCUCCUGGAGGUCAAACACUCAGGAUCCUGCAACUGUAAGUACACGACACGGAACAUUGAGGAAGAGGAGGACGAAGAAGAGGAGGAAAAAGAGCAGGAAUACUAGGAAUUUCCUCCGUCAAUACGUCCUCCAACACAGACCGGAUGAUAAACAUUCAUAAUAGCUGAACAGUGUUUCCGUUCAGCCACAGAAUACUGUUCAUACUGUACAUAAAGUGUAUGAUUAUUUAUUGUGCUGAGCCCAGUUUCCCCAGAUGCAUCUUAAGGCUAAGAUCCUAUGAUUCUAACCACGAACUUAGCCUUCAGAUGCUUUUGGGAAACCGGACCUAUAGGAAGAGAAGAGGAACUAAGCAAUCGUAUAUAUUUCGAAACGUCUGUGCGUUGGUUUACUUGUAUGUAUUUAUAUAUUUUGUUUAUUAUUAUUUAUACAUUUACAGUGUCAGUCUGUCUUACUGUGUAUACCCUUUUGUCUCUCGCAUUUUAUCCAAAGAGAAAGUGUAUUAUUUAUUUGAGGUGCAAUGCUACCCACAUUGAUGUUCUUCUCUUGUAAACUCCUGUAACGCAAUUCUCUUAUCUGAGCUGUACACAUCCGCUUGUCGUCGGGCAAAGAUUUGGAUUUUUCCCCAUCUUACCGUGUCCCUCCAUUGUGAAAUGUUGGCUAGCUAGUUGUGUGUGUUCCAGUUUAUUUUAUUGAGAACCUUUUUGCUCACUGAUGUAUAUACACCCUUGUGAGAGAAAGGCCCUGGUUUUGUUUACAACUCAAAGCUGACGAAAAUGGCUUUGUCUAGUUUUUGUUGAACAAAAGUUACCCGUCCUAGUCCUAGUCCCAGUCCAGUGCAUACCAAUACUUUUAGUCAAAUAGUCUCUUUCCCGUCAGAAAUGUUAUAGCUUUUGUGCAUUAUGGGGAAGAGGAUGGAGAAUACUGUGACUGAAACAAUGUAUGUAUUAUGUUUUAUACAACAUCGGAGUAGGAUUUCUUUUCUUUUUUUUUUUUUUUCUUUUUUGAGUUGACAAUAUUUUUGUUUUUCAUAUUUCAUAACGUGCCAUUUGAUACUCUUGUACACUUUGAUUUGCAAAUGUUUUUCAGUGCGGUCAAUUAUUGAAUGACAUCACUCCCUCUGAGCCAAGUAAAUGCAAUUUACCACACAAUGUUCAUCACAUACAAUAUAUCACACUUAAGCAUGUUGUUUUUCCUCACACUUUUGGGGGAUAUUCAUAUGACUUAACUGCUGCGGUAAAUUUACCACCUGUUUGUCCAAAACAGAAAUCUGUUUUCAGAAGAUAACAGCUGCUAAAUUUACAGUGGGGAUAAACAUCGAUGAAUAAACCCUGGUAUAUUUUGUUAUAUUAUGUUGAAUAGAGAUUCAGUCAUAAAUAUAUAGUUUUGUAUUUUUUAUGUGAAUGUUAAAUGUACAUAAUAGCUAUUAUGAUGAUAUUUGUACAGGGCAAGAGAGUAAAGAAUAAAAUCAUUUUUUCC